AUGGAGGUAGUGCAUUUGGAUAGGAGCUUGCAUAACGUGUUUGCCAGUCGAGAGAAACUCCAACUCAGAGUCAGUGCACAACUAUCUCGAGCUUCGCAGGAUCUCUUCGGAGAGUUAGAGCUUGACCCAGCCAUUUGGAGUAGCAUGCCUGACAGCGUCUUACACCAUGUGUUCACAAAGCUGCCUGUCAAGAGCCUCAUUCGUGUUCGCAGCCUCUCCAAAUUCUGGAUGUCAGUAGAUUUCUUCUCCAAUGGAGAGCUGGAUACCAAACAAGGACGCUUUGCUCUCUACAAAGGCAGACCGAGUCUUUCCUGUCACAAACACGAGGCGUGGGUUUUUGACACUCCAGCACAGGAAUGGUGCAAGUUUCCUGUAGGGCCCUUCCCCUCGCCUCUGAACUUCAGCGGGCCGUUUGCGGCGGUAGGGGGGCUCCUAUGUUACAUCUCAGAUACGAGCCCUGCAGGCACCCUCGAAGUCCUGGUUGGCAAUCCCGUAACUUCUACAUGGCGCUUGCUGCCGCCGAAUCUUAACCUCUAUGAGUUCCCAACUCUCACUCAGAUGUCUGUGGACCACGACCAUUAUUCCAUUACUCUCGUUGGCGUGUGCGAGGACAUGGGCGCCUUGGUGAUCGAGAUUUACGACUCGAAACCGAACGCGUGGCAUCGCGCUGAAGCUGUCCCUCCGCAGACAGGAUCCUGUUACAAUUUGUUCAGGGGGGACGAGUUUCUCGGACUGGCCACCAUAGACAAGAGAUCCAAGAGCGUGAAGAGGCUGGUGUAUCCACCCGCGCUCCAGGAGAGUUCUUUUCUGAACCGUUACGAGGACAAGUGCUGGAUUUUAGAGAGCAGGGGGAGCUUGUUCAUGUGCAGCAACGCGGCGCGGAAGGAGGGCAUCUGGCAGAGUCUAGGGGCCGAGUGGCACAAAUAUUGUGCAUUACCGAAAGAGUUGCACAAGUACGAGAAGACGGCAUUGUAUCUAUCCAACGAGGUGAUGGUUCUCGUGGGGACUGAUCCCCACUGCUUCACUCCUCAGUUCGAGGACGUGGACCCCCACACGAUCACCAUGUUCAAUAUGAAGACCCAUCUAUGGAUCACUCUACCGAUGAUUGAAUCGAUUUUCGGAAACACGGACGAAAUUCUACCGGGUUUGAUGUUCGAGCCCAGAUUCGACAGAAAACCCUGA